GAAAAUACAAUGAAUGCCGGUGAGUAGGAACCUGGUUGGAGGGAGACAUAGCUUGGACAUAGCUGAGAUAUGAUGAAGAUCCAUAUCUCAAUAAUGCUACAGCACACUUUUUUAAAUGAGGUUGAGAUUCCCCAUGUUUCUUCAGCCAUUGUUAUAUAUAUGCUACCAUCUUAGUCAUAACACGAAGCCAAAUUGAAAUUGCUUGAUUGAUUGGUAAUUCAAUAGUUGGGCCUUUGUCUCCUCUAAUCAAAGAAGGAAGAUGGAUGCCUCUGCUUUGAACCCAAGAAUCUCUCACCAUGUUCGUUCAAACAGCUUGCCCUCAAAGCCACACCCACUCAUCAACCAAGUUGAUGAGCAAUUGGUCAGAUUAAGGGAUUCGGAAGCCACAUCUUCUUCAUCUUCAUCUCUAUGCCAUAGACUCGGUGCCCUUCAAGAUUUGCACGACUGCAUCGAUAAGUUGCUUCUUUUGCCUCUCUCCCAACAAGCUCUUAUCCAAUUGAGUGAUAAGGAACUGCUAGAUGACUUACUAGAAGGAUCUCUCAGGCUUUUAGAUUCGUGUGACAUAGCAAUGAAUGCCCUGUUGCAAACCAGAGAAUGCACAAAUGAAUUAGAGUCCUUUUUACGUCGAAGAAGAGGUGAAAUUGGUACUGCUAGUUCACUUCAGGAAUGUUUAAGUUCCAGGAAGAUGAUAAAGAAAGCAAUCCACAAAGCCUUGAAGGGAAUGGAAAGCAAGCAAUCCCACAAAGAUCAUGGAAGUUUGACUAUUGUCAACUUGGUAAAAGAGGUUGAAGCAGUGACAUACCACAGCAUAGAAUCUUUGCUGUCCUUUAUAGCAGGACCAAAGAUGCCAUCAAAAUGGAGCUGCUGGUCUUCAGUUUCCAAGUUUGUGCAACCGAAAAGAGUAGCCUGCAUAAGCGAAGAAACAAACAUAAGUGUAGUAGAAAGAUUGGAUUUGACAUUAAGUUCAAUUACCAACCACCAUACUAACAAAUCAAAAUCCCUUAUUCAAGUUGAAGACAUGCAGAACUCGCUGAGGGAAUGUGGGACAAGCAUUAAGGAAGUUGAAGAAGAACUUGAAAAUCUUUACAGGUUCAUCAUCAAAACUAGAGUGUCCCUUCUCAAUAUCUUUAACCACUAAAUGUGAAACCUUUGAAGGUGUCAUCUGCCCCUGCCAUGGUCACAAAUUUUGAGUGUUGAACAAAAUUAUGUAGAACACCCCAUAACGGAGUGUGCUCAUGCUUGUAUAAAUAUACAUAAAUAUGCAUA